AUGUCUGUUGUGUCGUUUCAUGAAGUGCCUUCUCUUGUUGACGAAUCUGACGAUGAAGAAGCUAUGGAGCGAAACGCCUUUCGAAUCGAGGAAGUUGUGGCUCGUUUCAUUGAUGAGGCUCCAAUCCGUCAUGAUAUUAUUCCAGAGAGUGAUAGCGACAGUGAUGCUGAGGAGGAAGAGGGACAAACACUUUCGAAGAAACAAAGAACCCGAGAUCGUGACCGCCUGAGACGAAGUGAUGGAAACCUGUUCGAAGGGCAACUGUUCUUCAAUGGAGUGGCAUUUAAAGAGGCUGUUCUUGACUACGCAUUGAAGACAGGCUAUAAUCUGAAGCAAUAUAGAUAUGACAAAACCAAGCUUGGAUAUUGUUGUGCAGGAAGAAAUGUGGAUUCGGUGUGUGGUUGGCGUAUCUACUGCUCUACUAGGGCAGAAUCUGAGCGAUGGCAGAUAAGAGUGUUCAAGGAUAAGCAUAGUUGUGUACCCAAUGGAGAAUGUGAGAUGAUUAAAGUCCCUGUUAUAGCUAGGUUAUUUGUGGAUAAGAUCAGGGAAGAAAUGGAGUAUUAUAUGCCUAAGAAGAUGGAAGAAAUUAUUAAGGAAAGAUGGAAGAUUAGUGUCUCAAGACCUCAAUGUCAAGCUGCUAGAAACAAGGCAUUGAGAUGGAUUGACAAAGAAUAUGAGCAGCAGUUUGCUCGUCUUCGUGACUACGCAGCUGAGAUCAUGGAAUCAAACAUCAAUUCUACGGUGGAGGUUGAAACUGUGAAAAAUAAAGAAGGCCAGGAUGUGUUUGAUCGAUUUUAUGUGUGUCUAGAUGUGUUGAGGAGAACAUGGAAAUCGACUUGUAGGCCAAUAAUAGGAGUUGAUGGUUGCUUCUUAAGAGGAAAAACCAAAGGUCAAUUGUUGGUUGCUCUAGGUCGAGAUGCUGAUAAUGCCAUCUAUCCUAUAGCAUGGGGUGUUGUACAAGUUGAAAACACUGAUAAUUGGUUGUGGUUUGUGAGGAACAUCAAGGCAGACUUGGCCUUAGAUGAUGGUGAUGGUUUCAUAUUGAUUUCAGACCGUCAAAAGGGACUGAUCAAGUCUGUAAAAACAGAGCUACCAAAGAUUGAGCAUCGAAUGUGUGUCAGACAUAUAUAUGGAAACGUGAAGGGCAGACAUGGGAAGAAGACUGAGCUGAAGAAACUAAUUUGGUGGCUUGCAUGGAGCUAUAACGAGGCAGAAUAUAAGGAAAGGCUUGACCGUGUGUUCAACUAUGAUUCAGAGGUAUUUGAAGAUGUUAUGAAGACAAAUCCAACUUCUUGGGUAAGAGCAUUUUACAAGAUAGGCAAUUUCUGCGAGGAUGUUGAGAACAACUCUACAGAAUCUUUCAACAGCUCUAUAGUUCAAGCGAGAGAGAAGCCCUUAGUUCCGAUGUUAGAAACAAUUGCGCGUCUGGCGAUGGUCCGUAUAGCUGCUAGAGAUGUUAAAGCUACCGAACACAAACACAUAUGUACUCCUUAUGUGAUUGAGUAUCUUCAAGAGGAACAUAAUAAGGCUGCAAAGUGUUUCACACAUGAAAGAUGA